AUGAUAGUUUUAAGUAAAAUUGAUUAUGGUAUAUAUAUUUAUGGCAAUUCACCAAAAACUACCCUGAAAUAUUUGAAAUCACCAUAUCACCAGGCAGCUCGGAGAAGUAUUUGCGCUUUCCCUACUUCACCUAUAAAAAAUAUACUUGCGGAAGCAGGACUACCAACAAUCGAGGAACGUCAUAGAGAAUUGAUAUCAAAGUUAGUUGUGAAGUUAAUAUUUUCAAAAAACUCAGUUAUUGACAAGGACAUCCAUCAGUCCAUCAGACAUAAAUCUAAGAAACGUAUCCAAUCCUCAAUAAGCAAAAUCAUAGAUAAAGCUCAUGAAAUGGAACUCCAGUUUAAAAAACCACGAAAAAUACUUUUAUCUUACCCGCCAUGGCAUAUAAAACCUGAUUCCAUCUUGAUGAAUUUGGCCCACUACAAUAAGGCAAAUACCAGCAACUCAGUUUACUGCUCUUUGUUCUCCGAUAUCUCAUCUGAACUUAAAAAAGACGGUUGGGAAUUCAUCUUUACAGAUGGUUCCAAAUCACUAAGCCAUACGUCGUUUGCCGUCACAUCAGAAAAUGGUUUUAUUCUACGCAUUGGUUCCUUACCGGAAUCUACAUCAAUUUUCACGGCAGAAGCAUUUGCAAUUCUACAUGCACUAAAAAUAACUAUGGAAAACAGUGGCAAAUUUAUUAUAUGCUCAGACAGUAUAUCUGUCUUAAGAGCUAUAAAUAAUCCAAACAACAACACCGACCUAAUUUCCUCCAUAAGAAACAAGAUUGCGAUGAUGCCAAAGAAAAUAAAACUAAUGUGGACCCCUGGUCAUGUAAAUAUCCGUGGCAAUGAGGAAGCCGACAAAGCAGCAAAUUCGGCGAAAGAAGCGCCAGUAUUUCAAUUCAAUGCAUUCACUAAACAAGACCUUAAAACUCGGAUUAAUAAAAACUUGAAAACUUUGCAACAAACUGAAUGGAGCCUUUACCACCAUCAUUAUAAAAAAGUAAACCCAACGAAAUCUCCACCUAAAUACCCUACGAACCUGCCAAAACGCAAAAUCACAAACUUUGUACGCCUCAGACUCGGUCACAUUUCAACAACCCACCAACACCUACUCACCAGAAACAACCACCCGAUAUGUGUAACAUGCAACACAACUUUGAAUAUCUCACACAUCCUCGAAAAUUGCCAAAUCUCGAAACCAAUUAUGGACUCUGUUUUCAAAAAUCUAUCAAUUUAUGAUACACUAAAAAAUCCUAAUUCUAAGAACAUCGAAAAUGUAAAUAAAUUUAUUGAAACUCUAAAAUUAACUCUAUAA